UGUUGUUUUCAGAUCAAGUUUACUCUUCAGAGCUUAUGGAGGAAAAAGCCAUGUUUCGCGCUGUCAUCAUUCUCCUAUCUGUUGUGUUUCCAGCAAUGACCGUGGAUCAUAGCAAAUUCAAGACAUGUGAUCAGAGUUCAUUUUGCCGGCGGAAUCGAGGCAUGCAAAAAGGGAUGUCCGGCUAUGAAGUGAUACAGGAUUCAUUAGAAGUAACUGAUGAUGCCGUCCGUGCUAUGCUGAUCAACACAAAGAAUCAAGUAGAAUUUAUCUUGGAGAUAACAGCUUUAGACAAAAAUUCGUUGCAUCUGGUGAUAAAUGAGAAAAAUCCUCUUCACCCGCGCUAUGUAGUGAGAGAUGCGUUGUUCGAAGAUUUGAAGACUAUCAAAGGGUUCCAUUUGGAAUCCAAAAAUACUGAGAAAGCCGUUGUGGAGAUGGGAAACUUCCAUCCUGCCUCGAAGAUCGAGCUCAAAUUCAAACCCUUCACUUUGGACCUUUACUCCGGUGGAGAUCUGGUCAUAUCAACGAAUUCUCGUGGAUUAUUCAACAUUGAACAUCUGCGAGAGAAAAAAAAUCCUGCACCUGCGGUUGACGAUGCUCCAGCUGAUAGCGAAGAAUCGAACAAAAUGGACUCCGAUCAUCCAGGCCAGCCGGAUGAAGAUGAUGUGCCUGGCAUGUGGGAGGAGCACUUCCAGAGUCAUUUUGAUUCGAAAGUUCGGGGUCCUGAAUCCAUAUCUUGUGAUUUUUCUUUCAUUGGGGCUGAAGAGGUGUAUGGAAUUCCGGAGCACGCUGAUAAUUUCGCCCUAAAGGAAACCAAGUCGUCAGACCCGUAUCGAUUGUACAAUUUGGACGUUUUUGAGUAUGAAAGCUGGAGUAAAAUGGCCCUAUACGGAUCUAUUCCAUUCGUCGUUGCCGUUGGUGAGAAGAGAUCUGUCGGUCUUCUGUGGCUGAACGGUGCAGAAACGUGGAUCGAUGUUCAGAAAGGACCAGAAACUGCCGUUAUGUCAUCGAUUGUCAACCUGAUGUCUGGAUCCAACAGGAGGUCUCCACAGGUUGAUACUCACUGGAUAUCGGAGUCGGGUGUGAUAGAUGUAUAUUUUCUGCUUGGCCCUGGGCCGAAGGAUGUGAUGAGCCAAUACGGAGCACUUUCAGGCAAUACCCCAUUGCCACCGCAUUUUGCUCUCGGUUUCCAUCAUUCUCGUUGGAAUUAUAAUGACGAAAAUGAUGUAAAAUCGGUUGAUUCGCGCAUGGACGAAGUCAAUUUUCCUUACGAUUUCCUGUGGCUUGACAUCGAGCAUACUGAUGGAAAGAAGUAUUUUACUUGGGACGCCGUGAAGUUUCCUCAUCCGAAAGAUAUGAUCGAAAAUCUGGUCUCGAAAGGUCGUAAAAUGGUUACAAUCAUCGAUCCACAUAUCAAGAAAGACAACGGUUACUUCGUUCAUGCCGAUGCACAAGCCAACGAUUUGUACGUCAAGAACAAAGACGGAAACGAAUAUGAUGGUUGGUGCUGGCCCGGUUCGUCAGGCUACUUGGACUUCUUCAAUCCAAAAGUUCAGGAGUACUGGUCACAGCAAUUCACCUUGGAUAAAUAUCAAGGAUCCACUUUGGACUUGUACACUUGGAAUGAUAUGAAUGAACCUUCUGUUUUUAACGGACCGGAAAUAACCAUGACAAAAGAUGCGAAGCACUUCGGAGGAUGGGAGCACCGUGAUGUUCACAACAUUUAUGGCUUCUUACAUGUCAAGUCCUCGUUUGAUGGGCAUUUAUUGCGAUCUGGGGGCAAAAGGCGACCGUUCAUCCUUACACGAGCGUUUUUCGUGGGUAGCCAACGGUACGCGGCGGUUUGGACGGGCGAUAACACGGCAAAUUGGGACCAAUUAAAGCUUACGAUCCCCAUGUGUUUAUCAUUGAGUAUCUCCGGAAUUGGAUUUUGUGGUGCUGAUGUUGGAGGCUUCUUUCAAAACCCCGACGAAGAAUUGUUGAUAAGAUGGUAUCAGGCCGGUGCAUUUCAACCAUUCUUCCGUGUGCAUUCUCACAUCGAAACUGCUCGUCGUGAGCCAUACUUGUAUGGCGAUGAAACAAGAGGUCUCUUGAAGAAAGCUGUGAUGCAGCGUUAUACAUUCAUGCCUUACUGGUACACUUUGUUCGCGGAGUAUGAGCACACUGGCGUGCCUCCGAUGCGUCCUCUGUGGAUGGAGUUCACUGCAGAUGGAAAUACUUUGAAGAUGGAUGAUCAGUUCAUGCUCGGUUCCGCUUUGCUGAUUGCACCAGUCCUAGAUUCUCGAGCGUCCACUAUAGAUAUUUAUUUUCCGGGGACGGACGCUGAAGUUUGGUACGACAUCGACACAUUCAAGAAAUUUGCGAAGCCGGGAUUCGAACUUCUCGGAGUAACUAUGGCAUCGAUCCCUGUGUAUCAACGCGGUGGAACUAUCGUUCCGAGAAAGAUGCGUGCGAGAAGGGCUACGUCGCUCAUGUUGAACGAUCCCAUCACGUUGUUCGUUGCGUUGGACAAGGGCAUGCGCGCGAACGGUACUUUGUACAUGGAUGAAGGGGAUGGUUAUGAGUAUCGCAAUGGCAAGUACGCAUUGAUCGAAUUCUCGUAUCAGAACGGCGUCCUAAACGGAAGGAACGCUAACCCAAGCGGUGGAUUUGAAAGCAAGACUUGGUUGGAACGAGUCGUGAUUCUGGGAAUGAAAGCUGCUCCGAAGUCCGCCUCUAUCGUAGUUGGAAAAAUUGAAGAAGCACUGCACUUCUCGUACGAUAUUGCUUCUGAAAGCUUGACCGUCAGAAAACCGGGCAUUCUCAUGACGACGUCAAACUGGAAUCUCAUCAUAGGAUGAGAUAUGCUGUGAUUCACGUUCUCAGCUUGCUGCAAAUCAUUCCUUAACAUUAUUUCUGUUCUGCUGUCGCCGCCGAGAGACUGAUAUUUCAUGAAAAGAUCCUGUUCUGAAUUUCCUAGUCCUUGUGAUCAUCUGAAGAUGUGAUAUGCAAAAUUGCUCCUCAUGUAUUGCCGACUUCCCUCGGUAUGGAUGCUCAUCUGACUUUUCACAUGAGCAUAGAAAGGCUUGAUUUUCUGUUGCAACAUUACUCUUCUCCAGGCUCUUUCCUAUGGUUUUCUUUUCUCCAGCUCUUUUUUCGGAGAAAGCCAAGACGGUUUUUGCAAAACCGAUGCGUAUGCUCUUUUUUAUUUUGGCUAUGACGAGGCAUCAAGCUGAAAAUCGGCGUCUUUUAGGACUUCUUGAAAUGAGCGAAUGGAGAUAAUGCAAAAAUCAUCUUCAGGCUGGUCGCUGUAUGUGGCAGAAGUAUUUUCCUUGAAGUGGUAUCAAAGCAUGGAAGAACUUUCAGUGUUCAAUAUUCAAUAUUCAUCAGACAGGAGUCGUUUUCUGUGAAAGGAUCAUCUUUAUUUUCGACAGUCAGGUAUUGUGCGUACUAGUAAAAUCUUCCCAAACGAUGAUGUUUUCAUUUUCUCUGUUCGCGUCUGGUGGCUGCAUUCUUUUUGUUUUGAUUUCUUUGAUCAAGUUCGUGAUUAGGCAACCUUUUGAGUGAGAAAUGCGCGUAAAAUGUGGGUUUUUAUUCACUUUUAUCCCCGAUUCUCUGAUCAGGCCUAGUUUUUGUAUGUGUCGAUGAGUAUCCAUCCAGACAUUGAUGGCGUAAAUUCAAGUAUGGUUUCUCAAUUCUUUUAAUUCGAUGCUCAGCCGUUUCUGCGCGCUAGGUGUCCUGAAAUGUUAUUUAUUUAGUUUUUUUGGGCUGAAGACCGGGCGUGUUGGGAUUCAUGUUGUCUUGUUUUAGUGGAGAUUUCGAAGUACGUAUUUCCAAGUAAUUUCCAGUCAAGGCUUUUUGUGUGGUUGUUGAAUUACGUUGUUGUGGAUUGGUGUUCGGGGUAUUUCGGCGGAUCUCAGACAAAUUAAAUUUCUUGAUGAUACUGUCAGUCCGGCCACUUCCGAAUCAGGCAUUCAGCACUCCGUUUUCCUCUGAAAUCUCCGCUGCUCGUAAAUGGUUUGCUCGUGGAAUAUUCUGGCCUGUUGAGGUGGGGUCAGUAAACUACGUUUUGAAUGGCUGCUUUUGGUUGUAUUUCCUGGUAGCGGUAUGAUUUUCUCCUUGACUUGGUGUGCUUUGGCCUAAAAGCUGGUGUUCCUUUUUCAACAGGUUGCACUGUGUGUCGCGGAUGCUUUUGUGUGAAUGUGCUUACGCGCUUACCUCUCGAGACCGGUGAUUCAAAUCUUUGACCAACUGAUAGAAAGCUUUCUUGGGAACUCAUGAUCUUACGACUUUAUUGAAUUUGCUGUUAUGCGGAAAAUGAAAAGGCUUCCCCAUGUCUCGAAUGAAAAAUAAAGCGAAAUGAUGCUAAAAUUACAA